AUGGGUUCCUUUACAAAAUUUGUAUCAGAUUUUUGCAAAACUUGGGAAAAAUCAGGGAGAGAAUUAUUCAUUAAAUCUUUGACACAAUACAUUAAAGAGGAAGGGAAGACACCUUUAUUUUCCAAAUCUGGUAAACUUUCAGGAGUAUCUCAAAAUAUAUAUGAUUUAUUAUUAUGUGGUCUCAGAGGAGUUUUAAAGAAAGAUGCGGUCAUUUCUGUACUGAAAGACAUAACUAUUAUGCAUGCAGAUAUACCCUCCAUAUUAUUAGAUGUAGUGUGUAUACUUGAUGCAGAAACAUCCAUGGAUGUUCAAAGUGAAGAGCGGAAUAAUUUUUGUUACCUUGUACGGGAAUUAGAAUCUUUUAUUUCUGAUAAGUUAUUGAAGGAACGAUUAGAAAUUGACACAUUGCAAGAUGUUGGAACACUAAAAAAUAAAAAUUUCUACACAAAAUUUAUAAAAAUUAAAACUAAAUUAUAUUACAAACAACGUAAAUUCAACUUGUUUAGAGAAGAAAGUGAAGGGUACUCUAAGCUCAUAGUUGAAUUAAAUCAAGAAAUAUCUGAAGAUAUGGAGUGGAAAGCUGUUCUUGAAAUUAUUCAGUCACUUAUAGGAUGUUUUAAUUUGGAUCCGAAUAGAGUUUUAGAUAUAAUUUUGGAAUCUUUUGAAGCUCGUCCACACUUAGAUAAAUUAUUUAUCUCACUCAUAAAGAACUACAUGGGUGAUCCUCAAGUGAUAUCUGAAGUUUUAGGUUUUAAACUCAGUAAUAUGGAAGUUUUAGAAAACUAUAAAGAACCACCUCCACUUAUGACUGUGAUAGCUUUACUUUUACAACAUCAAGUUAUAUCAUUAGAUGACAUUUAUCCUUGGUUACGUCCAGAUGACUCAAUUAUGGCCAAAGAAGCUGACAAGGAGCUUAAAGCUGUACAAGAUUAUAUUCGUAAGUUGAACAUAGUUUCUACUAAAGGACCUCAGAGUAAUGCACCGGCUGAAUUUAUUGAAGAAAAGUCUGAUCCACAGGAGUAUUGGAAUAACCAGAAGCUGGUGCUUUGUGAAGCACUCUUAAAUGUAACAGCUUGGAAGGAGUUUGCAGCAUUAUCUGCUAGGCUACCAGUUAUGAGUAUACCACCGAGACCAGCAACUGCUCUAUGCACCAUGCUCCAUGCUUUAAUUGAACCACUUUAUAGAGUACAUUGCAGAAUUGCUCCAAAAAUAGUCGGUAAAUCUGUUCCUCCUUUAAAAUCGCAUUUAGCACCAAUUGCUUGUAAAUCUUUUGAAGAUAUGAAAGAAACAGUGAUACCAGCAUUAACACUACUAGGACCAUCUCUUCAUUACGACCCUAUUUUAAUGUAUAAAAUAAUUCGUAUUCUAAGAACAGCCAAAUCAUUAGACAGUGAUCCGCUACACUAUGAAGCGCUAACGGUACUUGAUACUGCUGUACUCCCAGCACUUACCUUAAUGGAGGGUAACUGUUGUAUGGCUGAAGAAGUGUACACUUUGCUUAAGUUGUAUCCAUAUCAAUGCAGAUAUUGCUUAUAUGCUCGUUGGAAAAAUGAAUCAGGUGAAAAGAUCCCAUCACUCAUGAGAGUGCGCGGUAAUGCGCUACAACGUAUCAAGCAUAUUAUGAAACGUGUCUCAAAGGAAAAUAUUAAGCCUCAAGGUCGUCUCAUUGGGAAGCUAUCACAUGCUGCGCCUGCGUUCCUUUUUGAUUAUAUGCUUUUACAGAUUCAAACCUACGAUAAUUUGAUAGGGCCAGUGGUGGAGUCAUUGAAGUACCUGACGUCGCUGUCGCUGGACGUGCUGGGCUACUGCCUGGUGGAGGCGCUGGCGGCGCGGCGCGGGCCGGCGGGCGCGGCGCACCCCCCCGCGCUGCAGGCGCUCGCCGCCUUCGCCGCCGCCGCCUUCAAGAAGCAUAACAUCGAGCUUACGGCGCUCUUACAAUUUGUGGCGAAUCGCUUGAAAGCGCAGCAAAGUCACGAUCUACUGAUUUUAAAAGAGAUAGUUCAAAAAAUGGCGGGUAUCGAAGCCGCAGAGGAAAUGACGCCGGAACAGUUAGAUGCGAUGGCUGGAGGCGAAUUACUCAAGGGCGAGGCGGGCUACUUUUCCCAAGUUCGUAAUACGAGACGCUCUUCGGCAAGAUUAAAAGAGGCAGUGGUAGGAAAUAAUUUAGACAUCGCACUUUGUAUACUAUCGGCUCAACAGAGACAUUGCUGUGUUUGGAAAGAGUACGCGGAAGAGAAAGCGUCGGGGUCGCAGCUGAAGGUGGUGGGGCGCCUCGCCGACCAGUGCCAGGACGCGCUCGUGCAGCUCGGCACCUUCCUCGCCUCCUCGCACGCGCCCGACGAGUACGCCGCGCGCCUGCCGCCGCUGCCGGAAUUGCUGAGAGACUAUCACGUAGACGCAGAUGUGGCAUUUUUCUUACAUCGUCCAGUGCUGGCACAGAAAAUUACAGCUAAAGUCGAAGCAUUAAAAAAAAGUUCUGACAGCAAAAGUGAUUCAUUCGAAAAGAGUAUCGAGAGAUAUAACAUUGCGUCUAAGGAGGCCUUGGAGCCUAUUGUGACGUCGAUAACGCCUCUGCUGCCUGCCAGAGUGUGGGAAGAUAUAUCACCAGAAUUUUAUGUUACCUUUUGGUCGUUAUCUAUGUAUGAUCUUCGAGUGCCCGUAGAAAGUUACGAAAGAGAAAUAGAACGCUUAAAAUCUGCCGCUGCCAAUGCUGUUAAAGAUUCUUCGCAAGGAACAAAGGGAAAGAAAGAGCAAGAAAGAUUUAAUACGCUAAUAGACAAGCUUCAGGAGGAGCGGCGCCGCCAGGAGGAGCACGUGUCGCGCGUGCGCGCGCGCCUGCAGCGCGAGUGCGGCGGCUGGUUCCCGGCGCGCGCCGCCAAGUCCGCCAAGAACGAGACCGUGACGCGCCUCAUGCAGCUGUGCCUGUUCCCGCGCUGCGUGGCGGCGCCGCCCGACGCGCACUACUGCGCCGAGUUCGUGCACGCCGUGCACGCGCUGCGCACGCCCAACUUCUCCACGCUGCUGUGCUACGACCGGCUGUUCUGCGACAUCACGUACUCGGUGAUGUCGUGCACGGAGGGCGAGGCGGCGCGCUACGGCCAGUUCCUGUGCCGCGUGCUGCGCACCGCCAUGCGCUGGCACGCCGACCGCGCCGCCUUCCACGCCGAGUGCGCGCACUUCCCCGGCUUCGUCACCAAGUACCGCGUCUCCAACCAGUUCACCGAGGCCAACGACCAUGUCGGCUACGAGAAUUAUAGACACGUGUGCCACAAGUGGCACUACAAGAUCACGAAGGCGAUGGUGGUGUGCCUGGACUCGGGCGACUACGUGCAGAUCCGCAACGCGCUCAUCGUGCUCAUCCGCAUCCUGCCGCACUUCCCCGUGCUCGCCAAGCUCGCGCAGAUCGUGGAGCGCAAGGUCGAGAAGGUAAAAGAAGAAGAGAAAUCUCAAAGACAAGAUUUGUACGUCUUAGCGACGGGGUACAGCGGGCAGCUGCGCAACAAGGUGCCGCAUAUGAUGAAGGAAAGCGAUUUCCAUCAGAUGAUGAACCUGCAGACGGCGUCGCCGGCCAAGCCCGCGCCGCCGGAGCAGUCGCCGCCGCCCGCCGCCGCCGACACGGACAAGAGGGAUUCCAGAACAAGUGACAGACGCCGUGACGAUUCCGACCGUGAGAAAGAGCCUAAACGGGAAUCCAGAUCGUCUGUUAAAGAAAGAAAUAAAGAAGAAGUAAGAAGCAAAGAUAGGUCACCAAGAGAGCGAUCGCAUAGAGAGGAGCGUUAUCUGGACGCAGUUUCCCCGCCUCAUGACCAUCGUCAUCCAUCAGAUGACAUAGAUCGCGAUGUGAAACGCCGCAAAGUCGAAAGCAGCGGCAAUGGCAAGGGUAGCAAAGAAAUAGAAGAAAGAUCGCCAGAGAAGGAAAAGAGAAAGGCUAAACUGAGGGGCGACGAAAGGAAAGAGCGUAAGAUGAGUCGUAAGCGGGAUCGAGCCGAAGAAACGGCUCUUCUAGAACAAAAGAGACGCCGUGAAGAACAAAAAGCAGUUGCUAAAAUGAGCAGUCACCAGAACGGUUCUCAAGAAGACCACCACUAUGAAAAAUAUCACAAAAGGGAUAAAUCACCGUUCAGAGAUCGCUCGCAUGAAGAACCCAGGGACAAACAUAGGCGGUCGAACGAAUCGAAAAUAAGAAGA